AUGUCGAAUGAAGAUGCAAAAGAGGUAAAAGAAGGAUUACAAGAAGUUGCAUCAUCUGGUUUACUUUUAAAUUAUCCUCUAUUGGAUGUAAAAGCGACUUUAUUAGGGGGUAAAAGACAUGAAGUAGAUACUCAAUCAGGAGAUUUCAAAAAUGCCGCAAUUUUAGCUUUCCGAGGUGAUGGAGUAGCCGAAAAAGAAAAAAGAAUUCAAGAAUUAGGAGUAGUUUUAUUAGAACCAGUCAUGCAAAUAGAAGUAGUAGUUCCAAAAGAUUAUAUGGGAGAUAUUUUGGCUGACCUUGGUUCACGUCGUGCGAUAAUUGAAAAUACUGAGGAAAAAGAAGGCAAUGCCUAUAUCAGUGGCAAAACUCCAUUAAGGGAAAUCCUUAGUUAUUCGACUACUUUGCGACAAUUGACUAAGGGUCGAGGAGAAUAUUCAAUGCAUUUAUCUCACUAUCAAGAAGUUCCUAAAAGCAUUUUAGAAGAUAUAUUGAAAGAAGAAAAAUUAUAA